AUGAACGUCAAAGCAUUAAAACUGCAUUCCUGCAAUGCUGAGGAACACUUUUCCUUAGUUGAAAAAGCUACCUGCAAUCUAAAUAUAUCUAGUUUGUCAGAGAAAGAGAGUUUGUUGGAGGCAAGGCCUCAGAGAACAGAAAUUGUUAGGUCAAUCCAUUGAGGAUAAGUAUGUCAAUGGCAAAACCUGAGAAAAUGGAAAUUGCAAUGUUCAACACGACACCAAUGAAUAGGGUUGCAAGCAAGAAUCAGUCAAAAUUGAAAGUUUGAACUUACUGAGAGAUGUGGACAAGUGGAAAUUCUGAAUAAAAAUCCCUUGACACCCUAAAAUUCCAAGUGUGACAGCUUAUGGCAGAGAAAGGACAGCCUAAAAUUCAAGUGUGACAUGCUUAUGGCAGAGAAAGAUGAGAUGAAUGCUAAGGUAAAAACACUAGUUGCAGACUUGAGUUCACGAGACAUUCAAAUUGGUCAAAUGGAGGAGCAUCUCCGGAGCAAGCAUAUGGAAAAUGUGGAACUGAUUGCAGGGUCUGAAAGUGUGCAAAAGCAAGUACAUGAAUUAAGAUUGAGAGCAGUGGAGUUGGAGAAGGAGGUGGACAGGCAAAGAGGUGAGCUUUCUGCUGGGGCUGAGGAAAAAAGGGAAGCAAUAAGGCAGCUUUGUAUGUCAUUGGAUCAUUAUAGGAGUGGAUAUAAAGAGCUUUGUCAAGUAUUUGUUCAACACAAGCGGCAUAUAGUUAUGGCUUCCUGAAGUCUCAUGUUUGUAUCAAUGGACUAGUAAGGUUUGUUUGGCUCAUUAAAUGUUUUCCAUUAUGUUGUGUUUGUCUAUGAAAACAAUUGUUUGCUACUAAAACUUCGUUUCUUGCUGAAAAGUUUUGGACAUCAAAGGAUAGUAUAUUAAUUAGUUCAUGAUAAAAUUUAGCUCA